UCGUACUCAUACGAGUUCAUUCUGUAUACCCCCUCUGGGCUCUCAUUGCUAUGUGUGUUUCUCUCUCUCGUCUCUCUCGAAAAUCUCUCCCGUGUUCACCAAAUUCUCUCCAUUCUCGCCUCUAAUCAAUGAAAACACACUGUUUUUCGCUGUAAUUUGUCUUCAAUUUCUCCGUGUUCUGCUCUAAUUAGUGUUGGUUUCGGUGUUCUUCGUUGCGUUUGAAGCCCUAAUUACGUUCCUUUUAAGCUUAUUUCUCGUCUCGUGUCGUAACAGAACGCUAAUUAGCUUUUGGAAUUCGCUGAUUUUGAUUCGAGGAACACUCUGUCACUCUACGAAUGUAAGUUGCAAAUAUCUGGACUGUUGGAGCAAGUAUUAUAUAAUGAGUGAACAACGAAAUACUAAUGGUUCUGUGGGGGCUUAUAGUAUCAAUCUUGAAAUCUUUAAAAAGAGAUUGAAAAUGUUGUAUUCACACUGGAAUGAACACAGAGAUAAUAUGUGGGGUUCUGCAGAAGUUCUCACUGUAGCUACUCCUCCACAGUCAGAGGAUUUGCGAUAUUUAAAAUCAUCUGCUUUAAAUAUUUGGUUGUUUGGGUAUGAGUUUCCGGAUACAAUCAUGGUGUUUAUGAAGAAGCAGAUUCAUUUCUUGUGUAGCCAGAAGAAGGCAUCUUUACUUGGAGUUGUGAAAGGAGCUGCUAAGGAGGCUGUGGGUGCUGAAGUUGUUGUACAUGUGAAGGCCAAGGGUGAUGAUGGAGGGGCACUGAUGGAUGGCAUAUUCCGAGCUGUAAAGGCUCAGUCUGGUUUAGAUGGUGAUGCACCUGUAGUUGGACACUUAGCAAAAGAGGCUCCGGAAGGAAAUCUGCUGGAGAAAUGGGCUGAGAAGCUGCAAAAUGAGAGAUAUAUGGUCGCUGAUAUAUCAAAUGGCUUUUCUGAUUUGUUUGCGGUGAAGGAUAUUGCUGAGAUCACGAAUGUGAAAAAAGCUGCAUACUUGACUUCAGCAGUGAUGAAACUUUUUGUGGUCCCAAAGCUGGAACAAGUCAUUGAUGAGGAGAAAAAGGUUUCACAUUCAUCUUUAAUGGAUGACACAGAAAAGGUGAUUACUGAACCUGCUAAGAUAAAGGUAAAGCUGAAAGCAGAAAAUGUUGAUAUCUGCUAUCCUCCAAUAUUUCAAAGUGGAGGUGAAUUUGAUCUCAGACCAAGUGCAACAAGCAAUGAUCAUAACCUCUUCUAUGAAUCUACCAGUGUGAUUUUGUGCGCAAUUGGAUCUCGUUACAGUAGUUACUGCUCUAAUGUUGCCAGGACAUUUCUAAUCGAUGCAAAUCCAUUACAGAGCAAGGCCUAUGGAGUUCUUCUUAAAGCACAAGAAGCAGUCAUAAAUGCUUUGAAACCAGGGAGAACAGCUGCUGGUGCAUACCAAGCAGCCGUUUCCAUAGUUGAGAAGGAGGCACCUGAAUUGGCUGCAAACCUGACCAGAACAGCAGGAACAGGAAUUGGCCUUGAGUUUCGUGAGUCAGGCCUCAACCUCAAUGGGAAAAGUGAUAGAAUACUGAAAGCAGGAAUGGUGUUUAAUGUGUCACUUGGUUUCCAGAACUUGCAGACAGGGACUGAACAUCCAAAGACCCAAAAAGUCUCAAUGAUGCUUGCUGAUACUGUAGUUAUUGGUGAGAAAGGUCCUGAAGUAUUGACUUCUAUGAGCUCUAAAGCGGCAAAGGAUGUAUUAUACUCUUUGGGUGAUGAGGAGGAUGAAGAAGAAGAGAAGGAACGGCCAAAAGUUAAAUCUGAAGCUAAUGGUGCUGACCCUAAUUCCUUUAAGACAUCACUCAGGUCUUUAAAUCAAGAGAGCACAAAGGAGGAGCUUCGGAGGCAGCAUCAAGCAGAGCUUGCUCGCCAAAAAAAUGAAGAAACAGCUAGAAGGCUUACCGGUGGUGGCCCUGGGACAGUAGAUAACCGUGGUUCCGUGAAAUCCUCUGGUGAUAUGGUUGCCUACAAGAAUGUCAAUGAUUUGCCUCCUUCAAGGGGCCUAGUGAUUCAAAUAGAUCAGAAGAAUGAGGCCAUCCUCCUGCCUAUAUAUGGUAGCUUGGUCCCUUUUCAUGUUGCCACAGUCAAAAGUGUUACUAGCCAACAGGAUACCAGUCGUACAUGUUAUAUACGAAUCAUAUUUAAUGUACCGGGUACUCCUUUCAAUCCACAUGAUUCAAACACUUUGAAAUACCAAGGAUCCAUCUAUGUUAAGGAACUUUCCUUUCGAUCAAGGGACCCGAGGCACAGUAGUGAAGUGGUGCAACUUAUUAAAACCCUGCGCAGACAAGUUGCUUCUCGGGAAUCAGAACGAGCUGAGAGAGCCACCCUAGUUAGUCAGGAAAGACUUCAACUUGCAGGAGCAAAAUUCAAGCCAAUAAGGUUAUCUGAUCUAUGGAUCCGUCCAGUGUUUGGUGGCCGUGCAAGAAAGCUGUCAGGUUCACUUGAAGCGCACACAAACGGAUUUCGCUAUUCAACAUCACGUGCUGAUGAGCGUGUUGAUGUUAUGUAUGCUAACAUCAAGCAUGCAUUCUUCCAGCCAGCUGAGAAGGAAAUGAUCACUCUGCUUCACUUUCAUCUGCACAACCACAUAAUGGUGGGUAAUAAAAAAACAAAGGAUGUUCAAUUUUAUUGUGAAGUGAUGGAUGUGGCCCAGACAAUAGGUGGUGGAAAGCGAUCUGCCUAUGACCCAGACGAAAUUGAGGAAGAACAGCGAGAGAGAGCUCGGAAAAAUAAAAUUAAUCUGGACUUCCAGAAUUUCGUAAACCGUGUGAAUGAUUUAUGGGGUCAGCCUCAGUUCAAAUCACUUGUUUUGGAGUUUGAUCAGCCAUUGAGAGAGCUUGGCUUCCACGGGGUACCUAACAAAUCCUCUGCCUUCAUUGUUCCUACUUCAAGCUGCUUAGUUGAGCUUAUUGAGACACCAUUUGUGGUAAUUUCAUUGAGUGAGAUUGAAAUUGUUAAUCUGGAAAGAGUUGGGUUGGGACAGAAAAACUUUGACAUGGCGAUUGUUUUUAAAGACUUUAAGCGGGAUGUCUUUCGUAUUGAUUCAAUCCCAUCUUCAUCAUUGGAUGGCAUCAAGGAGUGGCUUGAUACAACAGACAUUAAAUACUACGAGAGCAGGCUAAAUAUGAACUGGAAAACAAUAUUGAAAACUAUUACUGAUGAUCCACAGCAAUUUAUUGAUGAGGGAGGGUGGGAAUUUUUGAACUUAGAGGUCAGUGAUUCAGAUUCAGAGAAAUCACAGGAGUCGGACCAGGGUUACGAGCCUUCUGAUGUGCAAUCUGACUCGGAGUCGGAAGAUGAUGAUGAUGAGAGUGCAUCACUGGUGGAGUCGGAGGAGGAUGAGGAAGAGGAGUCUGAAGAGUUAUCAGAAGAGGAAGAAGGAAAAACAUGGGAUGAACUGGAGAAGGAAGCAACCAAUGCUGACAGAGAGAGAGGAGCUGAAUCAGACAGCGAGGAGGAGAGGAAUAGAAGAAAGACGAAGGCUCUUGGCAAGUCUAGGGCACCUGAGAGGAGACCAUCUGGUGGCACAAGUUUCUCGAAGAGGGCCAGAUUUAGGUGAACAUGUACUGGCAGUUGCAAACUAGAAUUAAAAAGCACACUAGGAAGUAGAAGAAUAGAUGUGGAUGAUGGUGUUCUUCGCAUAUCAGCAAGGAAGGGUAGUUUCUUCUGUUUUAGUUCUUGAAAGAGGGCUGAUCUCAACAAGAAAGAAUUAAGAGAGCUGCAUGGACUAGAUUAGCUGAGCUUUUAGCUAGAUGUAGUUUUCAAAAAUAGAUGUAUUCUGGUGACGAUCUAUCUAUUAAUGCAGGAGGCAAGUGAUAUAUGGUUAUGGUACUGGUUUACAAUUAAAUAUGCCCCAAAUUUGUUUUUUGGUUUA